GGAGGCGGCCGGGAGUCCUCGCGGGGGGCCGGCGACGCCCCCCGUCACCCUCCUUGCUUCCCUCGCCGCAGGCCUGGCUGGGCCGCACCUCAGGCACCUUUUCCCCGCAGUGGCGGCCCUCCCGGUCCUUUCGGCUGGAGGACAACGGGCCCAGCGCCGGCCUCGGGCCCAGCCCCAGCCCCCAACCCCUAGCCUCGGGUCUCUCGGACAGCUGAGAGAUGUCCCGGACUGAACGCGGGGCGAGCUCUCUGCGGGCGGAUGCUAGGACGGAGGCUGACCUGGAUUUCAGCCAGCGAGGAACCAAAGUGACCCUGGGGAGCAAGGCUAAGGCCAGGGCUUUAAAGAAAGAUGCAGCUGGGAUGCACCAGUCUCUGAAGGUACCGAGGAGCAAAGUGCCCUCCGUCCCUUGGCGGCGGACAGGACAUCCUCCUCCAAAUCAGCUGGCCUACGCCUGGAACCGUGGGGGUCGCUUAAGAGAAUUACGCAUCAGAUGUCUGGCCAGAAAGUUCUUCUUCUUGUGGGCAGCACAGACCUUUGGGAGGGUCCUUCCCUCCAGAGCCAGGCACCACUAUGAGAGGAGGCUCCUGCAGAAGACCUUUGAGGACUGGAGAGAAGAGUGGUGGGUUGUCCGGCGAGAGUGGAAGCUCAGGGUCCGAGCAGACUGCCAGUACAGAUAUUCCUUGUACAACCUGGCGUUCCAAGCCUGGCAGACCUACGUUCGUCAGCGACGGGACAAGAAGAAGAAGUACCGCAGAGCGGAGGACCACGCGGCCAAGCAGAAGCUGUGGCCAGCCUGGAAAAACUGGCUCAUCUAUGUGGACGUCCGUCGGACCAAGCAUGAGAUGCACAGCGUGGCACAGGAGUUCAGGGAGCAAAGCGUUUUCCGCGUGCCUUGGAGAGUGUGGAGGCGGCAGGUGCAGAAGAGGCGUGUGGGCCGCACAAUGGACACCUUGGCCCUGCAGCACUGGAGCAUCAGCCUGCAAUUCUGGGCGUGGUCUCAAUGGCAGGAGCAAUUCCUGCUUCUCCAGAUCAUUAGAAAGAAGGAGACCGAGGCAGUACGGCACCACGCACGCCGAGAACGGCAGAGGGCCCUGACGGCGUGGAGGGGCUACCUGCAGGGCCGCAGAGAGAAGCGGCGCCAGGCACAGCUGGCUGGACAAUUCCACUGUGCCAUCAUGGUCCAGACUGGCUUCCUGGCCUGGCGGAUGGCCUGGGAGCAGAGGAAGCACCUUCAUGCCCACCAGGCACGGAUUGAGGCACUGGCGGCCCGGAUCGCCCUGCGGCAAGCCUUCGAGCGCUGGAAACGCUACAUGCUGAUUUCUGCUGAGGACGCAGCCUUCUGGGACCUGGCAGAGAAGCACCAUCGACAGCGGCUGGUGCUCAGUUGCUUCAGGGCCCUGGAGGACAAUGUGAAGAGUUCCCGUCUCCACCAGUUAAGGAAGAAUCUGGCUCAUGGGCAGUAUCAGGCCAUGCUUUUGCAGAGGUUCUGGCGCUGCUGGUGUGCUCGAGCUGAACAGAGAGAGGAUGAGAGGCACCUGCCCCAGCUCCUCCGGGCUCAUGACCAUUACAGGGAUGCCUUAUUACGUAAGUGCCUCUGGCUGUGGUCACAGAAUGCCCAGGAGAGCAGACGCAAACAGAUGCAGUCUGCCAAAGCUGAGCACCACUAUCGCAGCAGAAACCUGUCCGUGCUCUUCCAGGCCUGGAAAAGCUUCAGCCUCCAGCGGCGGGAGCAGCGGGUGAGGCGGACAGAGGCUUCAAGCUUUCACAGGGAGUUGGUGAAGAGAUGGGUAUUUAAUACGUGGUGGCAGAAGACGUGUCUUCAGCGAGAAGCCCGAUUGUCUGAGAGAAUGGCUGUCCUCCAUGCUGAGCGGCAGGUGCUCAGGCGGUACUGGUCCACAUGGCGCUGGCGGACAGCUGAGCUUUCCACGGAAAGAGGGGGCCAGGCCAUGGCAUGUGCCCAUUAUCACCAUAGGCAGCUGCAGAAGACUUUCCAGAUCUGGAGGGAGAACCUUCAGGCCCUUCAAGCCCAGCAAGCUGGGGAGAUGAGGGCUGCCGUGUUCAACUCGGGCCUGCUCAUACGUUGGACCUGGAGCAAGUGGCAAGAGUACAUGGCCCUGCAGAAUGCAAAGUGGCAGAAGGUGGCCCGCGCGGAUCGCCAUUACCGUCAGAUGCUGCUGCGCAGGGCCUUGACCGCGUGGAUGACUUAUCAGGGCAGGGUCAAAGUCAUCCUGCGUCAGGUGGCAGAGAGAGAAGAUGAGCGUCACCGGGAGCUCUUGCAGCAGGUGUUUCAUCUCUGGAGAGAAAACACCGUGGCCCAGAUGGAGGAGGCCAGGAAGACACUCCUGGCUGAGGAGCACUACCAAAGAACCAUCCUUUGGAAGGUGGCCAUCCGUUGGAGGGACACGGCAUCGCUGAGGAUAUACUUCCGGCAGCAGGAAGACAUGGCUGUCAUAGACGCCAGGAAGCAGUUGGAGCGAGGUCGACUCCGAGCCUUGUUCCAGCACUGGUGGAAAUGUGGCCAGAGGGCUUCCCUGCAGAGAGCCCAGCUGCAGCGGGCCACUCAGCACCACGGGAGGAGGCUGCUGAAGGCCUGCUUAGCCCACUGGAAGAAGUACCACUUGGAAUGUAUCCGGAAGAUGCUCCUGCAGAGGCAGAGUGCCCAGCUGAUGGCUCAGAGACUCAGCCGCUCCUCCUUCUCCAUGUGGAAGUGCCAGCUUGGGGAAAAGCAGCGGGAGCAGCAGGCCACUGUUCGGGCUCUCUGGCUUUGGUCCUUCACACUGCAGGGAAAGGUUUGGGAUGCGUGGCUGGGAUUUGUGCAGGAGCAGAGGAGAAAGAAAGCCCGGCUAGAGCGGGCUGCGCUGGCCUACCAUGACAGCCUGGUUCAUGAGGGUGUCACCCGCCUCCUGAGGUUUGUGGCUGGCAUGAAAAGCUUCCGUGGGCAUUUCCAUGCCCAGCAGCAGGCCCAGGUGGCCCGCAAUCUGCACCAGGUUGUACAUCGGUGUGCUACACUCUGGAAGCACAAAGCCUUGGCCAAGGACAGAUCCCACUUCCUGGGAACUGCUUCCUGCAAGAGAGUGACAUUCGAGGUCCCCAUUACUGAUGCCCCCCCUGCCACCGCCGGGGAAGCCGCUGUGGAUGCAGAGCAGUCAAGAGCUCCUCAGAGGCCCAGCAAGUAUUGGGGCUGGCCCCUUCAGCUGGCUUCUGGAGACCCCCACCUCCCUGACCUGAACGUCGUCCGCCCUGUAAGGAAGCAGCCUCGUCGUCCCGACUUCCUCCUGGACUCUCUGGAGAGGGAUAGUGCUGCUGGGCACCUGUGUCCUGGGCUUCUGGCAGAAACAGCUAUGUCCCUCCUCCCUGCCCAGCCUAGCCCCUCUGCUGCUCUGGUGGCACCAGGACCCAGCAUCAGGACCGGUGUAGGCUCUAGGAGUCUCCUGAAGCCUCAGGGCCACAGGCCCCUCCACCCUGAGGCCACUUCGCCUCCCCACUCCUCCAUGGCAGGUGACCGAGGCCCGAUGGAAAGUCUUGCAUUUGGGAAGCCUUCCUCUGAGCUGCCAGGCCCCCGAGAGCCUGCGGCUGUUGUUGCAGAGAGGGGGUGUCCCCAACCUGGUGGCCAUCUGCUUCUUCCUGAGGGCUUCCUAGGGAGCAAGGGGAAACCCAGUCUGGGCCUGGAAGCUUCAGGAGGCUCACAGGCCGACACAGGGAGAGGGGCACUGGGCAUCCUGGGAGAUGGCGGUGAGCUGGAGGCCGAGCUCGAGGAGAUCCAGGAGAAACUGUUCAGUUACCAGGCCAACAAGCAAAACCUCAGGUCCUGGCAGAGACAGGCCAGCAGCCUGAGGAAGUGGUUAGCGCUGAGCAUGGAGGACCCCAGGCCAGAGGAGGAGGAGGCAGGGCGGCAGGUUCAGCAAGAACUUCACCAGGUUGAGCAGCAGAUCGCCCAUCUUGUGGAGGAGCUGCGAGCUGAGCGGCAGCAGGUGCAGCGGUACGCGGCCCGCCUCCAGGUGCUGAGGGCCGCCUUCUCCUCCUAGCGCCACGGGAGCCCCUGGGCCAGCAGGAUCCUCCGCAUCCCCUCCCCCCUCACACUUUUAUUGCAUUGGCUUGAUUUGGGGUGGAGACGUAAGACAGUAGGCACACAAUGA